GGUUAGUUUUUUAACCCGACUUCACGCGUUAAGUUGUAGUACGUCCUGAGAGACACAACAGCAAACAAGGUUUAUUGUGUGUGGCCUGCGAGAACAAUUCACUGAGUCAACUCGGAACCAUUCCUUGCCGCCCUUUAAACUUUCCCUUUCAUUUCAUCUUCACUUGGCACCUUUCAUUCUCUGUCUCUCUAUGCUUUUUAAUUAGUCAAUCACUGCGUUAUUGCCGUUCUUGUUUUUCGAGGAGUUCGAGAUUGUCUGGUCCGGUCAGAUCUCGGAACCUGAUUCUUGACUCUUGAGCGGCUUCGGAUAAUGGCUUUUUUAAUGUAGCAUAGGGUGUUUUAUUAGUUGCUCUGUUUCUGGUUUCUGUUUUAAGCUUUCGGCCUUUUAGAGUUUUGGGAUGGGAUCUAUCUGAGUUCAUCAAUUGAUGAUAAUUUGGGGAUUAUUUUCAUUAAUUAAAUAUCGAUUAGUGUCUGGUUCAGAGCUUGGCGCCUUCUUGGGAGGUAAGGAAGAAACUCUCUUCCACAGCCGCCUUUGUUGCCGGCCAAGAAAAUAGUGGUUUGUUUUUCCAUUUCAUGUCUCGUAAGUUAGACAGCCCAGUUCAAACUCAGAUGGCAGUGGCAGUCUUUAAAACUCCGCUCAGCGGAGAAUACCACGGGAACAAGAGAGUGGAAGGGAAACAGCCUGCGGGGAGGAGACGAGUUUUCGUUCAAACAGAGACUGGUUGUGUAUUAGGGAUGGAGUUGGAUCGCGGAGACAAUGCUCAUACUGUGAAACGAAGGUUGCAGAUUGCUCUCAAUGUGCCUACCGAGGAGAGCUCACUGACUUUUGGGGAUAUGGUGUUAAAGAAUGAUCUUAGUGCGGUUAGAAAUGAUUCCCCACUUCUUUUGACACGGAACAUACUGCAUAGGAGUUCAUCCACUCCGUGCCUUUCGCCUAGGGGAAAUGAUAUCCAGCAAAAGGAUAAGAGUGGUCCUAUUGAAAUACUGGGCCAGUCUGAUUGCUUUUAUAUUACCAAACAAUUGGUAAGGGACAUUGUGAAGGCAAUUAAGAUGGGUGUUGACCCUAUUCCUGUUCAUAGUGGGCUUGGAGGUGCAUAUUAUUUUAGGAACAGCAGAGGUGAGAAUGUUGCCAUUGUGAAACCAACAGAUGAAGAACCUUUUGCACCCAACAAUCCCAAGGGCUUUGUUGGUAAAGCUCUUGGGCAACCAGGAUUGAAACGAUCGGUGCGGGUUGGGGAAACAGGGAUCAGAGAGGUAGCUGCUUACCUUCUUGAUUAUGAUCACUUUGCAAAUGUGCCUCCCACUGCCCUGGUGAAGAUCACACACUCAAUCUUCAAUGUCAAUGAUGGGGUAAAUGGGAACAAGGCUCACAAAAAGAAUCUGGUUAGUAAGAUUGCAUCUUUCCAGCAGUUCAUAAAGCAUAAUUUUGAUGCAAGUGAUCAAGGGACAUCAAGCUUCCCAGUUUCUGCGGUGCAUCGCAUAGGGAUAUUAGAUGUUAGAAUUUUCAACACUGAUAGACAUGCGGGAAACCUUUUAGUGAGGAAGCUUGAUGGUGUUGGGAACUUUGGUCACGUGGAGCUCAUUCCAAUUGACCAUGGCCUAAGCUUGCCAGAAACUUUGGAGGAUCCCUACUUUGAGUGGAUCCAUUGGCCUCAGGCUUCAAUUCCAUUUUCAGAUGAUGAACUAGAUUACAUUAGAAAACUUAAUCCUGAUCGUGACUGUGAAAUGCUGCGAAGGAAGCUCCCUAUGAUCCGAGAGGCUUGUCUGCGGGUGUUGGUUCUCUGCACAAUUUUCCUGAAGGAAGCUGCUGAAUUUGGUCUUUGUCUUGCUGAAAUUGGUGAGAUGAUGAGUAGGGAAUUUCGUGCUGGGGAAGAGGAACCCAGUGAACUGGAGAUUAUUUGUAUUGAAGCGAGGAGAUUGGUAGAGGAGAGAGAAGUGUUUUCACCCAAGGCAGGUAUGGGAGAUGAUGAGUUCCUAUUUGAUAUAGAUUGCGAGGAAACAGAAUUUGACUUUACCCCAAAGAUGGCAGCUGAUGACUAUGGAAUCAGAGCUCCAUUUCAACUUGGAAUUGGGUUUGGGAAUGGCCGUUAUCCCCUUUCAAAACUGGAGGAAAGCAUUGAGGAGGCAGAGGAAAGUGAUGAAGGAGAGGUAGAGCAAGAAGUUGCAACUUUGCCAACUCCUGAAAGGAUCCCAUCCAUUUCAAAACUUUCCAUGUCACUGAAGAACACCAGUUUGGGUGAGAAGAAUCAGAAGUAUCAGAAAUUCCUUGGUUCAAAGCCAGAAAAUGGUUAUCUUUCAAAUUCAUCUUCUGGACACAGGAGUGCAAAUGAGCAGCUACCUGCAAGUGUGAGCUUUGUGCAGCUGGCAGAUUUAACGGAGGAGGAAUGGAUGGUGUUUUUAGAAAAAUUCCAGGACCUGCUCAAGCCAGCAUUUGCCAGUCGGAAAUCAAUUACGUUAGGUCAGAAGCAGAGACAGAGGCUUGGUACUUCGUGCCAGUUUUGAGGUUUAGAAACCAGUAUAGUUUGGUAUCGGAGAGAGUACUUGAUAUGAAAUGAAGAAAUAAAACGUAGGUUUGUGGGAGUAAUAGAUUGUUGGAGGAAUUGCUGUAAAUAUUCUUGGCAUCAGCGAAGUGCAUAGCUAAAUAGAAUUGUAACAAUUGUUUGUAUUUUGUUUUUACGUUUUUGUUUUGAUUUUUUUUUUUUUUUUUUUUUUUUUUUUUUUUUUAACUUCAUAUGGGACUUG